AUGGACACGUCGCGCUACGAGUCUUCGCCUGGAGAACUAUCGUCACCCCCAUCUGGACCAUUGUCGGAACCUGGAACGCCGUCGCGAAAGGCACACACCAAGUCUGCGGCCGGCCGUACCAAGAUGGACGAGGAGAUCAUGGUCAGUGAUGAUCAGCGGGCCAAGAACUCCGAUAAUAGCUAUAUCAUUGAAGCCACCAAGGAGGAGGAUCUGGGCAACGGCACAGUUCGCAAGUAUGGCCUCAUCAGCGGCGAGUGGGUGCAGCUGACAGCUGCCGGCGUGCCCAGGAAGAAGCCCGGCCGCAAACCUGGCAUGGCAAUGAAGCCGCGAGGGGAAGGUUCGGACGUGGAGAAAGCACGAAAGCCUAGAAAGCCUCGUGACCCCAAUGCGCCACCUUCGCAGCGCAAGAGGAAAACCGGACAUGCGGACUUGGAUGGCAUUGAAAACGCCGGUCCAUCAAAGGUCUUCGCACUUGGUGCACCCAACGAGCCAGUUCCUCAGUACUCGCGAGCCGAGCAACACCAACACAGUGCCCCUCAGCAGCCUCACCACCAGCUUGGACAGCCCCAAACGCCAUACGACCAGCGCAACUCACCAGUCGUCGCCAAGCGCGACAACUUCACCAAUAGCAUGCAGAGCAUCCUCAACUCCGACACCCCAGCCCGCCCUCAAAGCUCUGCUGGGACAGCCAUGCCUGUGCGAUCGAGCGGUCAGAGCUAUGACCCGAUUCGCGAUGGCAAGUACGAUCCCGUUCGCGAGUCCAUGGGAUUCUCCUCCAACUCCGGAUCACCGCGAGCCCCGAGCCAAGCACAGCCUGCCGCUGCUCAACGGUCACCUUCUAUCGCGAGCUUGCUGGACCCCCAUGCAUCAGCUGCCCAGCGGUCACCUGGCCAAGCGCCAGGGCCAGGGCCAGGGCAAGGCCUCGCCACGGGUCACAACGCAUUCCCGCCACCGCCUUCACGCGUGCCAAACGAAUCUUCAACGCCUCGAUCUACUGAUUUCCGGAAGGAACAAACACAAGCAACAUCGGCACCGACACCUACUCCCAAACCUGUCAUCAAAGAGAGCCAGUUCACCACCAUCGCCAACGGCCCUGUUAAAAGGUCAUCGCCCAAGCAAAAAGCAGCUACGGGAAUGUCAGCACCUCAGGGGGAGAAUCUUGAUGACAUGCAGGAAGGCGAUGGCCGCUCCAUCCUCGACUUUGGACGUGCGAAGCCGGGCGAGGAGACGCAAGCACCUACGAUUGUUCUCGAUAUCCCCAUACAGGUCGGAGAGACAAACAAGUACGUCAACUUCCUGCGCCUGGCCGAGGACCGCUUUGGCUGGGAUGCACUCCACCCUCGUCUUGCGGCGGACCGUGAUCGCAAAGCGCGCAUCGCUGCUGCUGCGGCUCAUCUGGAGAAGGCUGAGUCAGGUCGUGACUCUGACGACGUCAUGUCUGACAUGUCGGACAAUGAAGGCAGCAAUCUCGACAAUGGCUUGGCGAGCGGAGUCGAUGCUCAAGCCAAGCCGAAGAAGAAGCGCAUCAUGAAGGAAGACAACUACGACAUAGAUGAUGAUUUUGUUGACGAUUCGGAGAUGCUCUGGGAGGCACAAGCUGCGGCAAGCCGUGAUGGGUUCUUCGUAUACUCUGGACCGCUGGUCCCGGAGGUGGAGAAGCCUGAGCGACAAGAGUUGCCCAAGCGCGGACGCGGGAGCAGAGGAGGCCGCAUGGGCACUAGAGGUGGCACCACACGCGGUGGUGCUUCAUCGGGUGGCGCUGGCCGCGGUGGUGGCCCUGGUUCUCGAGGCGGCACGACCACACGGAAGCCUCGCAUCAGUAAAGCCGAGAGGGCCCAGCGUGAGCUGGAGAAGUCGCAGCGCGAGCCGUUGUCGAAGCUCGGUGAAGGCCCUGCACCGACGCAAUCUAUCCAUGCCACGACGCCCAAUACCUUUUCGGUCCCGGAGCUCGGUGCUUGA